GAGUGCGGGAAGGACCAUUUCCGGUCCAGACGGAGCGAGAUUUUGGGGACAGCGAAGGAGCCGGAAACAGAAAGAAGGUCAGGAAUAGAGCAGCGGGGAAUGAGCGGCCUCCGCCUGCUCCGUUCUGUGUGGCGCAGUGCGGUGAUAGGAGCCCAUGUUUCCAGGACGUAUGGCCCUGCCUCCUGCACUGGGCUACUACACACCUCACUCAGACCGAGAGUCCCAUGUCGAGCAGUUCAUGUUACACCGAAGCUUUCCAAUGUGAAAGAUACAGCUCAGCCUGUUGAAGAAGAACUGGGCCCCUUUACCAAACUGAUAGAAGCCCUGGGAUUCACAGGGCCCCUGAAGUACAACAAAUGGGUAUUUUGGUUUACACUAAUGAAAAUGGGAGUGGUGUGGUGUAAUGGCAAUGUCUCUGCUGGGAAAAUGGAACACUGUAGCCAUGCUGUUCAGGAUUCUCAGAAAAUUAAGAUUGCUGCCCUACGGAUGUAUACCUGCUGUGUGGAGAGAAUCGACUAUGAUGACUUGUUUGAAAGAUGCAAUUUGUCAGACACUCUGAACUCCUGGUUCCUCGUUGCCCAGCUUCACGUCUGGAUGACGCUGGUGCGUAUGAAGCAGGAGGGCCGAGAGGGGAAGUUUAUGUGCAAGUACAUUGUGCACUCCAUGUGGGAGGACCUGGAGCAACGGGGUAAAGUAAUGGGGAUCGAGUCUGUUGUGCUGAAGGAGAAUAUAAGCGUUAUGACAGAAAACUUCUACGCAGCUAUUUUUGGAUAUGAUGAGGGAAUUUUAUCAGACGACCAUGUAUUAGCUGCGUCUCUGUGGCGACACCUCUUCAAUAAACAGUGCGAGGACCCGGGACAGUUGGAGCUGAUGGUGGAAUAUGUACGCAAACAGAUCCAGUACCUGGACUCGCUGAGUGGAGAGGACCUGCUGCUGACUGGGGAAGUGAAGUGGCGACCCCUGCUGGAGGACAACCCGCAGAGCAUUGUGAAACCCAUCUCGCCAGCCUACAAUGACGAGGGGCUCUGAAUAAAGACCAGAUGUGCAGCCAGAGCCAAAGUUCCCCGAUGUGAACUGGUCAGAGGCACAGAAGAGUUCGAUGACAAUCAUGCGCUUGAGCAGGACAACUCAAGACCUUUAUGGAUCCCGUUCUGUAUUUAUUCUUGAGCUUUUUUUUGUUUCUUUCCUUAAUCCCCUCUCUCACUAUAGUUCCACACCUUGAGGGACGAUGGGUUCAUUUCUGUGAUAUUGUCAGGUUAACUAAAGGGAUUUUCCAUAAAGGCUUUGGGUGGUGUUUGCUGUAUUCUGAGCACAUGUGGCCCACAAAACUACACAAGCUUUGGGUAUCAUAGCAGCAAGGCUUCAGAGACAAGAUACCUCGAGUGUUUCUAGAUAACUGCAGAUAGUCAUUGACGGAUGAAUUGAAAUGAAGUCUGUCUUGCAGUUAAUCCUUUUCCAUAGAAUUGAUAACCUAAUCAAGUGGCAUGGCCUCAGUGGGUUUUUGUUAGAUCUAAUGGGCCUGAGGUUCAAACAUAUUGUGGAAAUCUGUGCACCAGAAACAACAAUUUGAGGGUGGACCCUACUGGGAUGAGACAAACGGCUUCCAUUGCUGAUAGAACAAAGAGUAUUAACACAGCACACUUGUGGUUGUCCCGUAGUUUGUCUUUUUUCCUUGCACUUGGGUAAAUCCCAGGAAGAAAGUCAAAAGGGGCAUGUUGUGUGGGAGAAAUCCAGUAUUUCAGCAAGAAUACAGCUCUCAUUUUACUCAACAGAUAAACCGGUAAUGUUUCAUCUCUCACGUUGUUCCCCCUCCCCAGUCACGGGAUCAGUGUGUUGUCAAUCUGUUGUACAGUGGCUACCGAGUCUUCCAGUUAUAACCUGCUAGUGACAGCACUGCAGGCAACAGUCAUUCAGCAUGAGCACUCCUUCCCUGGUAUCAUGGUGACUACGUUACAAUGUACUUCAUUGGCCGUAAAGCACUUUGAGACGUUCUGAGGUCAUGAAAGCUGCUACAGAAAUGCACAUCUCUUAGCACAACAGGCAGGCUAAGCGAAGGAGCCUGAAACUGAAUUAAGUACAUAUUUUUUAAGUGCUUGGGACUUACUUUGAGCUUCAGACUAUAACUUAAUCAAGUGGCUCAGACUGCAAGUCUUUCAGGCCUUGCACUUGGGGUUCAUCUUGUCCAAACUCCUUACAAAUACUUUAUUGCAUUUUAAUCACUGACUGCUGACUGCCCUUUAUUUCACACUUGCUAUUUCAUUCUUGCUGUUUCACUGGGUUUUGCAAUACUUUAUCGACUUUAAGUUCAUAGUGCAGGAGGGGUGAAUCUCUGUGAAUUAAUAGUACAGGGUGCACUGAUGACCCAUAUGAGACAUUGCCCCUUAUGUAACUGACCCAAGAAGGUUGUCACAGGUUCUAACCUUGAUCUGUAUUGAGUUCUUUCCUGACUAGCAACCCAAAUAUUAAAGUAUAUAUAUUUUGACUCCUAUCAAAUUCUGUAAAUUAAAACAAUUCAGUUGGAAAGAUUGCAGUUCCUGUCGGGAUUUCGUCAUAGCUUGAUACCUUGUAAUAUUUUUAAAGUAUAAAUUUUCACGUUCCAUUUUAAAGUCAUAUUUGCAGUUUGGACUGUAUCCUGUGCUAAUUAAAGUUGCAAAACUGCCUGUGAACACCUGCACUCUACUUGAUCAGUCUCUGCGCUGCACUCUACACUGCUGCUCUUGAGAAUGAAGGAGUCAAAAUUAAAAAUAAAAUUUCAGCAGCCA